CAAAUACCGUUGACAGAUUUUUGGCAGCAAAGGAAACCUCUCUUCGGUUUACAUUUGUGAAUACGUUUAUUUUUUGAUAAAAUGUGGAAUUAACUUUUACAAAACCAUAUUGGAGAGUCUAACCGGAGUUUAUGACCAUAUUUCGUGAAUUAUAGAGGCUUAAGAAUAAAAAACUAUAAAAAUGUCUGACUCAGAAGCUAGCAACUAUUCAGACAAUGAAAAUGCCUCAGAAGCUGGCUCAGUGCGGUCUAGAAGCUCUAGAGGCAGUGUGCGUAGUAGAUCAAGGUCACCAUCAAGGUCAAGGUCUAGAUCAAGGUCUUUGGCAAAAAGUAGGUCCAGAUCACCUAGGGGCUCUAGGUCUCCAUCAAGGGGAUCAAGGUCUCCUAGAUCUAGGUCCAGAAGCAGGUCUAGGUCCAAGUCAAGGUCGAGAUCUAGGUCAAGGAGUAGAUCAGGCUCAGAAGCAAGAGAAGCCUCAGGCAACGAAGAGCCAGCUGCUGAAGAAGAGGAACCUGAAGGUGACAGCCUAGGCUCGGAGGAAUAUGACAGUGAAGAAGAUGAUAGUGACGAGGGAAGCCGAGCUAAGAAAAGGAAGAAAAACAAAGGCAGAUAUGGAGGGUUCAUCAUCGAUGAAGCUGAGGUGGACGAUGAAGUUGAGGACGAAGAUGAAUGGGAAGAAGGAGCUCAAGAGAUUGGCAUUGUGCCAAAUGAGGUUGAUGAAUUCGGACCCACUGCCAGGGAGAUUGAUGGAAGAAGGAGAGGCACUAAUUUGUGGGACUCCCAAAAAGAACAUGAUUUCGAAGAAUACCUCAGGAAGAAAUAUUCUGAAGACACUGCAGCUAUCAAACAUUUUGGAGAUGGAGGUGAAGAGAUGUCGGAUGAAAUUACCCAGCAAACAUUAUUGCCGGGAGUCAAGGAUCCAAAUCUGUGGAUGGUAAAAUGCCGAAUAGGCGAGGAAAAAUCCACCUGUCUCCUCCUCAUGCGAAAAUUCCUGGCUUAUCAAAACACUAACGAGCCUUUGCAAAUCAAAUCAGUGGUGGCACCAGAAGGUGUGAAAGGUUACAUUUACAUUGAGGCUUACAAGCAACCUCAUGUAAAGUCUACUAUUGAAAAUGUAGGAAACUUGAGGAUGGGAAUCUGGAAACAGCAGAUGGUCCCUAUCAAGGAGAUGACUGAUGUUUUGAGGGUUGUCAAGGAACAGACAGGCUUGAAAUCUAAACAGUGGGUUAGAUUGAAGAGAGGUUUAUACAGAGAUGACAUCGCGCAAGUGGAUUAUUUUGAUAUGGCUCAGAAUCAAGUGCAUCUGAAACUGUUGCCACGAAUCGACUACACCCGGCUCAGAGGAGCAUUGAGGACAACACAAUCUGAUGCGGACCUAGACAAGCGCAAGAAAAAACGCCGUCCUCCCAGCAAACCUUUCGAUCCUGAAGCGAUCCGGGCGAUUGGCGGUGAAGUAACCUCAGACGGUGACUUCCUCAUCUUCGAAGGUAACCGGUACUCGCGCAAAGGCUUCCUUUACAAAAACUUCACUCUAAGCGCGGUGAUAAUCGACGGUGUGAAACCGACUUUGGCGGAGUUGGAACGGUUCGAGGAACAACCUGAGGGCAUCGACUUGGAGCUGCCGCCUGAUAAGGAUGAUAAGAGUGUCACGCACUCUUUUAGUGCCGGUGAUAACGUCGAAGUUUGUGAAGGAGAAUUGAUCAAUUUGCAGGGUAAAAUCUUGACUAUCGACGGAAACUCGAUAACGGUAAUGCCCAAACAUGAAGAUUUGACAGAACCAAUCGUUUUCCAAUUCCACGAAUUAAAAAAGUAUUUUAAAAUGGGGGAUCACGUCAAAGUACUGGCAGGACGUUAUGAAGGCGACACUGGUCUAGUCGUGAGAGUGGAAAAUAACAGAGUAGUGCUGAUAUCUGAUCUGACAAUGCAUGAAAUGGAAAUUUUACCAAAAGAUCUGCAAUUGUGCACUGAUAUGGCUAGUGGAGUUGACUCCCUGGGAAAAUUUGAAUGGGGAGAUCUGGUCAAUCUUGACGCUGAAACCGUAGGUGUGAUUGUGAGAUUAGAAAGAGAGAAUUUCCACGUUUUGAACAUGCACGGUAAGGUAGUUGAAUGUAGACCUGGUUCUUUACAAAAACGGAGCAUAAGUAAAUACACUGCAGCAAUGGACUCUUAUAGAAACAGUCUUCAUCGUAGGGAUAUGGUGAAGGUUAUUGAUGGUCCACAUAAUGGAUUUUCUGGAGAAAUUAAACAUCUUUACAGGAAUUUCGCUUUUCUGUAUUCAGUGGAGUUUUUGCAGAAUGGGGGUAUAUUUGUAUGCAAAACCAAGCACUUGCAACUAGCUGGUGGUAAUAAGAGCUUACCUAACUCUGACAUUACACUGGGAAUGGAAUACAUGUCUCCAAGGAGAGCCUCACCAUUGCAUCCGUCUAGCGGCGGAGGAGGAGUUGUUGGUGGUUUUGCAAGUCCCAGGGGUGGCGGAGGCGGUAGAGGCAGGGUAGCGAGAGACAGAGAUAUAAUAGGAACCACCAUCAAAAUUACCCGUGGUCCUUAUAAAGGAAAUAUCGGUAUUGUCAAAGAUGCUACCCAAUCCACUGCUAGGAUCGAACUGCACACGUCUUGUCAGACCAUAUCUGUAGACAGGAACAACAUUACUGAUGUUGGUACUCCAGCGAAGGAUGGCAGUGCUUCAAGUUAUGGCAGAACUCCAGCUUACACUGGGAACCAAACGCCGCUGUACAGAGACGCCGGAAACAAGACGCCAAUGUGCGAUUCUGGUUCUCGCACUCCGCUGCAUUACGGUUCCAUGACGCCCAUACACGAUGGAUCCAGGACGCCGAAUGCCAGUUCGGAGUGGGACCCGGCUAUAUCAAACACUUAUCCUUCUCCUGGGUACAAUCCAAGUACUCCAGGCUACCAAAUGUCAGGUCCAUACACCCCUCAAACACCUGGUACAAUGUACGAUGCGACAUACAGUCCUUAUCAAGCUAGCAGUCCAGGAUAUCAAAGCGUGGCAUCCACGCCUAGUCCUGCUGCAGGUUCGGGAACAGGAAGUUAUGGACAGUCUCCAGCUGGUAGUGGAUCAGGAAAUCCUUACAGCACGCCCAGUUCGAGCUACAGUCCAAACAUGCCGUACAACCCUCAGACUCCAGGCGCUGGCUUGGACGUGUUGCCUAUGACAGAUUGGCACACGGUUGACAUUGAGGUUAGGAUCCGUGACAGCCACGACGACGCGGGAUUGGUGGGGCAGACUGGAGUCAUCAGGAGCAUCUCGGGUGCUAUGUGUACCGUAUUUUUGCCAGCUGAGGAUCGGGUGGUCAACAUUAUGUCGGAUCAUUUGGACCCGGUGCGGCCUCAGAGAGGAGACCAGUUCAAGGUCAUUAUUGGUGAAGAACGAGAACAAACAGGUGAGCUUCUUUCAAUCGACUUGCAUGAAGGCGUGGUGAAGAUCAAAGACGACAUUACAAUGUUGCCAUUGCAGAAUUUGUGUAAAAUGAGGAAAAGAGACUAGACUCUAAUUACUACUUGAAGCUUAAACAGUUUAGCAUGUGCUUUAUGUAGAAUAUUAUGUUGUAAAGUACCUAUGCGUAUCACAGUGAAAUAAACACAUAAUACAUUAAAAA